AUGGCUCGAUUGAUUCGAAGCGAUAUUAGACACAUAUCUGAUGCGGCUAAUAAUGCGGACUCGUUUCGAGUAUUAAGGGGCCGUGUGAGUGUUUUAAAGAUAGCUCCGGAUGCACGAUUGAUGCCAUACCUGGAGCUAGCCGGAUUUGGGUCAGUAGCAUUGAUCCGGUCCUCCGACUUGCGCUUUGAUUUAUUAUCUGCAUUAGUGGAGCGGUGGCAUCCGGAGACCCAUACUUUCCAUUUUCCGUGCGGGGAGUGCACGGUGACCUUGGAGGAUGUUGCAGUGCAGCUUGGGCUCCCAAUUGACGGGAGUCCCGUAACGGGAGUAUCUUCAUUCACUGAUCCGGCUACAGUUUGCUAUCAACUCCUGGGAGAGUCGCCAGAGGACGGGGCAGUACUCAUGCCUGAUGCAAACGGCGACAGUGUGCAUUUGUCGUACUUGCCCCUGCUAGCUGAUUUGUCCACUGCUAGGUCGUAUAGUUGGGGUUCCGCCGUUCUAGCAACGCUGUGGACGACCCGUCUAGGCAUCGGGAAGUCGUGUGAUGUCCCGAUAUACCGACUGAGGAUUGAACAGCAUGCCCGAGAAGGGUUUAUAUGGAUGCCAUACCGGAGGCAUGGAAUUACAAAUGUUGUACCCUCGUCCGCACUCGUUGAUUCCCACAUAUGGUGUACUAACACACCAAUUAUAAAUUUCAACGUCGUCGAGUGGUAUCACGGCGAUCGGGUGCUUCGGCAGUUUGGCUGCAUCCAACCUAUCCCGGAUCCGCUGUGCCAGUUGGGGGAUGAUCACGGCUUGACAAAGAGAGGAAGAGUUCAAUUGGACUGGGGAAUUAAGCACCGCAAAUUUGUCGCACUGUGGAACGAUCGAUUAUGUCGAAUUCCUCAAAUGGUUAUGGCUACCGACCUACAACCAUCAUUGGAGUAUACACAAUGGUACCAUAGUUGCGGGAAGCCGCAUUUACUUGGAGCGCAAUCGACUGUAAUCCCCUCGUACGUUUAG